GUUUAGCACAUAACAAACCCUUAGAUAGUCUGAAAUGGAAGACAUUUGUGCUCUGUACUGCUUUAACCCGUAAAUGGGUAUUGCAGUACGCUGUUAUAUUUAGGGGUGGGUAAGAAUAUCGAUUCAUCAAUGCAUUGCAAUAUAUUUUUUCCCAAUUCAGUAUUGAUUCAUUACAUCCUCUGAAUCGAUUCAAGCCCCUGGCCAGUGCGGGCAAGGUGAGCAACACCUUUUGUGUGAUUUGCGUUGUACGGACGGGGGCCGCACUCGACCACACAACAACAACAUGGCAACCGAAGCAGGUAGCAGCAGUGUUAAACCAGCGCCUUCAACUUUAAAAGCAGAUGUUUGGAGUCAUUUUAUAUUCCAGUGUAAACCCCGAACACAGGAAAUAGACAAAAGUAAGGUAUUGUGUAAGCUGUGCCAGGCAGUACUAAAAUACUGCAAUAACACAACUAAUUUGCGCAACCACUUAAGUUGACACCAUGCAGAUGCUCUGCAGCAACCCACGGCUAAACCUGUGGAUUCAAAAGAGACGCAACUCGACAGAUCCUUCCUUUGCAAACUGCUGAGUCUGUGGCCGUCUUCAUAUGUAAGGACCUACGAACGUACAGUGUCGUGGAAAACGGGGGGUUUUAAGAAGAUGAUAUCCACACUGUAACCAUGAUACACCAUACCAACACGCAAACAAGUGACAGAAAUCGCCGUCCCGAAGCUGUACACAGAGGUAAAGACAGCGGUUUUGGAGUUGUUGAAGUCGGCACUGAAUCGAUAUCGAAGCAUUUAAAUCGAUAUCGAAUUGUGACCUAAAGAAUCAAAUCCGAAGCGUGAGCUUCUUAACAAUACCCAGCCCUAGUUAUAUUUCAUGUUUAUACCGUACUAUCUUACAUAUAAGCUACUGUAACUUCUCAUAAACUGGCACCUACCAAAAUUAGUCAGCACAGUGCACAUUGCUUCGAUAAGCUGGAGUGUUUCUGUUUCUUAAGACUUUAAGAGCAUCCAUAGAGAGAACCCAUUAGAAAAACAAUGCAAUGUGACGAUUCUCACACAGUGUCCUUCAUAAUGUAAUAAACAGAAUGAACACCCAAACCAGUCAGAUCAGAUUCAUAAUGAACAGAAUUGGUGUGAACACAACCAAGCUCUGCAGCCUCAGAUCUGUUUGUUUGUUUUUUGCCUUUUGUUCUGCAUGUUGGGGUCUAUAAACAGGUUUUGCGUUUAGAUGCAGAACUUUUUCGUGGAUCACUGCGAAGAUGCCUUUGGCUGCAUGGGUGAAAUUCUGGGUGAAAACUUCAACUUUAAACAACGAACGAGAGGGAAUGUGUGUUUUGCAGAAACGGCGGAGGGAUUCAGUCAACAUGUGGAAGGUGAAAAACUUCCUGGACAUGCUGAAUAUUAAAAUAUGUCAGCAGUCGUACUCCUCCAAAGCAGUGGCUGGGUACAGCGCCCUGCUGUCGGACGUGGUGCACGCCAUCCCUCCUCAGCUGCUGGGUGCUCUGCUGUACGAGGAGCUGACAGAGCAGAGAGACCGCCUGGUGUUCUCUGAAGGAGCCACAGGGGGCGCUCUGGCCUUUGUCCCUUUCUCACAGAGCAGUAGCGGCUCUCAGCAUGGCUGUCUCCUCUAUCCCAGCAACCAGGGACUCGACUGCCUCAACUUCCACAGAGUGGAGCUGCAGCACCACAGAGGAAAUUCUUCCUGCGUCGACGCCAGCAGCAGAGACCCGUUCAGCUUCCAACUGAAAGGCCCCGUCAGACAGAUCAGCUCUGCUUCCCUGUUCAACGAUUGUUGUGUUGCUGUGCGGUCGGAUCGCCUGUGCGGAGUUUGGAGGUUCAGCGAAACAAAUGAGCCACGUCUGCUACAAGUCAUCAACACCAAAGAGGUCGCGACCUGCAUCAGUGUCAGUCCUCAUGUUUUAGGUGAAGUUCUGGUCGCGAGUGAGAGUGGAGUGGCAAAGCUGUGGACUGUCGGGAGAGGGAUGCAGAAGGUUCGGGAGGAAGACAGCAACCUGUACUUCAACACCAACUCGUCAUGGCGUUGGUGCGAGUUCUCCGCCCACCCAAGAGUGAUGCUGUACGCCGACCGGACAGGGGUGGAGCUCACAGAUAUCAGGGAGAGUCCUGUCAGUGGUCACACUCUGUUUCGUAUUAGCAACGCCUCAGACUGUCGCAGUGGGGAGAGACUCAUCCUGUCCAGAUAUCUGGCAGACGUCCACUCCUUCCACCACCUCAUCACCACUCAGUACUCAGCCUACAUCAUGGACGAGCGAUUCCCCAGCGUGCCCAUGCUCAAGUGGGAUCACAUGAUGCAGUCCCCCCCUAUGUUUUGUCACGUGAUUCCAGGCUCCGCGUCCUCUGGCUCAGCAGUGGACAGGGCUAGGACCACAAAGGUCCUGUUGGGCUCCCAGAGUUCUCAGGAAAUCACACUGCUGCAGUACUCAGGAGGCAGAGCAGAGGCCUGUUUCAGUAGAGGUCCUCCUCAGGCUCUGCUCAGACCCAAAGACAGUCUGAAACACCUUCCAGUCCAGAUCCCUCACCGCCUGGACACUGCAACCAACAGAUUGUCCUCACCUGCCGGAGGUCUGACUUGUAUCCAGAAUAAAGGAGGAAGAGAAGCAGGUGGCGAGGAGUGUGUCUGUAUCCUACAGCUGACGGAGGCGGGAGAUAUUUUCUACCAGAUCCUCGAGCCCAAGCAGCCGGACAACUCUCGACCUCCAGCAGCAGAGAACGAACCGUCGUCACAAGCCACAACAUCAGGAAGGAAAACUGCAGAGCAGCGUCAACCAGAUGCUCAGCUGGUUAUAAAUGCCACUUCGAGCGACGAGGAUCUAAUCGGACCAACUCAGGGUCCGACUGCGCAGAGAGUUGUUGCUGAAACACCAGAGAGGCAGCAGCGAGGCGUGAACAUUUACUCUGACUCUUCCUCUGAGGAGUCAGAGGCAGUAGGGAAACGUAAAUACCUGAAGCAGUUGUUCCUGGGGGUCGUCGUCAACAAUGAUUCAGAGGAUCAGGAGGACGAAUUGGACGCAGGUGUGAAAGAUGGAAAGGUGGGUAAAAAUAACGGCAACGUAGAACCUAGUAGCGUGAAGGAAGCAAUCAGCAGCGGGAGUCACGUUGGUCCCUCUAGGUUCCAGACUCCAGCACAGCUCAGCGUCAGCACUCUUGUCACGUGGAAACAUUGGCUCCAAAAACUGAUGCAAAAGAGUCGUGAAAAGAAGCCCCGCCCACACCGCCUGCAGCACUUCACGAUCCCAACCGACAGCCUCCUCAACCCGUCUGUCGAUGAAGCGAGAGACUCGACAGAAGAGGAGCGUGUACAAAGCCUCAGGCGGGAUCUGAGAGCGUGCAUGUCCAAACGCUCACUGCUGGUCCACAGCGCAGUCUCUGCGUCGCUCGAGGCUCCGGAUGCAGUACCAGUGCCAGAUCCUGUGGACACAGCAGUCUGGACAGAUCAGCUCAGCCACCGUCUGACUUUGUCCUGGCAGGGGGUGGAGGCGUGGCGGGCAUGGUGGAACGACCAGCUGGGGCUGAACAGGGAGGAGAAGAUGCAGGCUCUGAGGAGGAAGAGGAGGAAGGAGAAGGCGGCGAAGAGAGCCGCUGGUGCACUCCUGGAGCUGUCUGCGAGCUUCUCCUCAUCCAGCUACCAGUCAGAGCUUGACGACUUCUCAGACUGGUCCUCUGAGGUAAGCCGGGGGGCGCAGUCAGACUCGGAAGGUCCGGCGUCCCAGUUGGAGAGCUUUUUGGAGCAUGGGACGCCAAGAGGCGCGACAGCCAGCACCGUGCAAACAGACUCUCCAUUUGCCACGCCGGCGGCCACACCUCAAACUGUUAAAGGUAAAAAAGGUGAGCAGGAGACCCCAAGCAGCUCCCGCACCCUUUCCCUGUCCCAGACUCCAAGACCCGACUCCACACCGGCCAGUCAGAGGAGGAACAAACAUCCAGGCGAGCGCUACCUCAGCUCUCUGUUUGCACAACAGGAUGAGCCCUUGCAGCAUGAUAGUUACUACCUGGAAGAGGGCAGCACCGUGCACCCCUCACCUCCACCUGUGGCCUUCUCCUCUCAGCUCCGCAGCUCCCAGGCUGUCCCUCAGAGAAGCCAUAGGGUGAACCUCUCCCAGGACACCUUGGUUUGGUCCGGCUUCUCUCAGUCCCUGUCCCAGUCCCAAAGUUCACAGGGUCGACUGGGGCUGUCGCAGGCCUCGCAACCCAAGAAGAAGAAAUCUCGAAUGGGAUUUUGACUGGUUGGUCGGUCUGUCCGUCACGCAGAGAGGCGUAUCGUUUGGAAAAAAAGGCUUGGCUUCUUAAGUUGGGUCAGGAUUAGUAAAUCCUUUGGAUCUAUAAAAGUAUUAUACGCUGGGAUCGUACUUACAGAAAUUGAACAUGCAAACUGGAUCUAAUGGAGGAGGAUAAACUGAAUGCAUGUUGGAAAAGGAUCCAUCACAGAAAGAGCUCUGGAGAAGAACACGGACCACGUUUCAUUUGGUAGGACUGAGCCGAAUUUAUUGUCUUUGGUGUGUGUGUGUGUGUGUCUGUCUGUCUGUCUGUGUGUAUCAGUACUGUAAGGAACAAGCAGUGUCUGGUGAUCUGAGCAGUCGGUCAGGCUGCAGAUAACUGAGCUGAUGAUUCAUUCUGAAAGUGAAAUCUUAUUUUUGUUUUGUAUUUCUCCAUCAAUACAGUUUCUCAGACAUUACUCAGUUUUUUUUUUUUACUGAUAAAUGAAAGUGCACCUCGCUCACUGUGAUAAAUUCUAUUUAUGAAACUUUUCUACAUUUGCUUUUCUAAACACAAAAGAGAUUUUCUCAAUAAAACCACCACUCAAAGAA